CAAUCAGAGCCGUGCUCUUUUCCCAGCUCCUCCAUUCGCGGGACCAGAGAGCAAAGGAGGAGGCGGUACUAGGAGGAGGCAGCGGCCUAUGCCAAGCAGAUUUAUGGUCUGCAUUAUGUCUGGAGCCAGCAGCCCGCUUGCUCUUUUCCUCGUCGGCUGCUACGCGGCUGCCCUGGGCGUCCACGGCGAGGAGAGACGCGUGGCCCGUCACGCUGAGGCUGCACACUACAUGGCUGCUGUGUACGAGCACCAGUCCAUCUUGACUCCCAACCCUCUAGCACUCACGAGCCGCAAGCAGGCCUUGGAACUCAUGAACCAGAACCUCGACAUCUAUGAACAGCAAGUGAUGAUCGCAGCCCAAAAGGGUGUACAGAUUAUAGUGUUUCCAGAAGAUGGCAUUCAUGGAUUCAACUUUACAAGAACAUCUAUUUACCCAUUUUUGGACUUCAUGCCGUCCCCCCAGUUGGUCAGGUGGAAUCCUUGCCUGGAGCCCCACCGAUUCAAUGAUACAGAGGUCCUCCAGCGCCUGAGUUGUAUGGCCAUCAAGGGAAAUAUGUUCCUGGUGGCCAAUCUUGGGACCAAGCAGCCUUGUCGUAACAAUGACCCGGGGUGCCCAAAUGAAGGAAGAUACCAGUUUAACACGAAUGUCGUGUUCAGCAAUAACGGAACGCUUGUUGACCGCUAUCGCAAACACAAUCUCUACUUUGAGGCAGCUUUUGAUGCCCCUCUCAAAGUGGAUCACAUCAUCUUUGAUACCCCUUUUGCUGGCAAAUUUGGCAUCUUCACCUGCUUUGAUAUCUUGUUCUUCGACCCUGCCAUUCGACUCCUCAAAGACUCUGAGGUGAAGCACGUUGUGUAUCCGACUGCCUGGAUGAACCAGCUCCCACUCUUGGCAGCCAUUCAGAUUCAGAGAGCUUUUGCCACUGCCUUUGGGAUCAACUUGCUGGCUGCUAACAUCCAUCAGCCAUCUCUGGGGAUGACUGGAAGUGGCAUACACAGCCCUCUGAAGUCCUUUUGGCACCAUGACAUGGAAAAUGCCACUGGUCAUCUUAUAAUUGCACAAGUAGCCAAAAAUCCACUGGGUCUCAUUGGCACUGAGAAUGCCACCGGUAAAAUGAACCCAUCUCACAGUAGGUUUUUAGAAAUCUUAGCAGGGGAUCCAUACUGUGAAAAGGAUGCUCAGGAAGUCCACUGUGACAGAGCCACCAAGUGGAACAUGAACACUCCUCCUCCGUUUCACUCUGAGAUGAUGUAUGACAAUUUCACCCUGGUCCCUGUGUGGGGAAAGGAAGGCUACCUCCGCGUCUGUGCAAAUGGCCUCUGCUGUUAUUUACUUUACCAGCGGCCCACCUUGUCCAAAGAGCUGUAUGCCCUGGGAGUCUUUGAUGGUCUUCACACCGUGCACGGCACUUACUAUGUUCAAGUUUGUGCCCUGGUCAAGUGUGGGGGUCUUGGUUUUGACACCUGUGGGCAGGAGAUCACAGAGGCCACAGGGAUAUUUGAGUUUCACCUAUGGGGGAACUUCAGUACUUCCUAUAUCUUUCCUCUGCUUCUUACCUCAGGGAUGUCCCUGGAAACCCCGGAGCAGCUUGGCUGGGAGAAUGACUACUUCUUCCUGAGCAAGAGUGGACUGUCCUCUGGCCUGGUGACAGCAGCUCUCUACGGACGGCUGUACGAGAGGGACUAGGGCAGUUUGGAGUGGGCAGCCUGGCACGUGCCCAGGCUGAGCUCACGAGCACGGGGACCACCUCUCUGCCCCACAGCCCAUUAUGGGAGCUGUGGGAUGAAGUAGGAGAGGCAGCUUCUCCCAGUGUCUCUUCCUCUUUGACGUGAAUUACCAAGUCUUCUCUGGUAUUCCCUGCUCACAUUGAUCUUUUUCAAGCCACAUCUUCCUCCAGCAAACCUCUCAUUUUACAAUUGGUUUUAAGAAUUAAAAUAAAAAUGUCAGUUUAUAUUCUACACAUCCACAAAA